GAGGACGGCCAACCUGGCAACGUCGCUACUGGCGGAUGUUAAGUUCCUGGUUUGGGGAAGCGAGGGUGUAGAAACGGAGCGGAGGAGAGCGCAGCUUUGUGCGGAUCUUUAGUGUAAAUGCUGGACUGAGUGAACAGAAAAAGCCGCUGUUAUGGAGCGCCGCGAUUUACAGGCUGCCGGUCGCUCUCUGAUAGUGUCCGAUUACCUGGCGCAGCUUCGGGCUCCGAGGGGGCCGCCGGCCGCCGAGCCCGCGGUGCAGAAGCCGGCCAAGCGGCAGGCGGUUAAGAGGCACCAUCACAAGCACAACCUCAAGCAUCGCUACGACUUCCUGGAGACCCUGGGGAAGGGCACGUACGGGACGGUGAAGAAGGCGGUGGAGCGCUCGGGGAGAGUGGUGGCCAUCAAAUCAAUAAGAAAGGAGAAGAUCACAGACGAGCAGGAUCUGACGCACAUCCGCAGAGAGAUCGAAAUAAUGUCCUCCAUCAACCACCCACACGUCAUUGGCAUCUAUGAAGUGUUUGAGAACAAAGACAAGAUUGUCAUUGUGAUGGAGUACGCCAGUCGGGGGGACUUAUAUGACUACAUCAGCGAGCGUCAGAAGCUUCCAGAACACGAGGCACGCCACUUCUUCCGGCAAAUAGUGUCUGCAGUGCACUACUGCCACCAGAACGGCAUCGUGCACAGGGACCUGAAGUUGGAGAACAUCCUCUUGGAUGAACAUGGGAAUGUGAAGAUUGCAGACUUCGGGCUCUCGAACCUGUUCUGUGGAGAUAAGUACCUGCAGACCUUCUGUGGAAGCCCGCUCUACGCAUCUCCGGAGAUCGUGAACGGUCGCCCGUAUAAGGGCCCCGAGGUGGACAGCUGGUCCCUGGGUGUGCUGCUCUACACCAUGGUGCACGGAUCAAUGCCCUUCGACGGACAGGACUACAGGAACCUGGUCCGACAGAUCAGCACGGGAAAUUACCGCAAGCCUUUGAAGCCUUCCGAAGCCUCUGGUCUUAUCCGCUGGAUGCUGAUGGUGAACCCUGAUCGUCGGGCUACGCUGGAGGAAAUCGCCGGACACUGGUGGCUAAACUGGGGCUACCAAGGCCCAGUAGUCGAUCAGGGUGAGCCGGUAGCUCACCAAGUAAGUGUGAAGAAGCCUCAGGAAGGAGGAGGGCUGGCUGGAAUCGCCAGCUGGCUGCGCAGGAAUUCUCGGCCACUGCUUGAGAAUGGCUCCAAGGUGCGCUGCCUGCUCCGGCCACAAGGUGGCGGCGACUUUGUCAGGCAGCGCUCCCUCAGGAGGUCUCGCAAGGAGAAUAACAUUUGCCAGGUGAGGCAGGACGGGGCCACUGCUCGGCCCUUCAAGGGGAUCCUGAAGAAGAGGGGAAGCCUGAAGCAUAAGUCUGUUGGCGAGCCCCAGAACACGGAGGGUGAGGGUGUAAAGCCUGGCACCGGACCCCCUCCAUCUCCUCCCCCCAGCUUUGCUCUCCCUCGCAAGGGCAUCCUCAAGAAGUCUUUGGAGCAGGAAUCGGGCUGCAGCUCCCCUCCUCCGGAGAACACCACCCCGGACCCGGAUCCUCAGCCACCCAGCUGCUCCGCCAAUUCCUCGCAGCGCAAGGGCAUCCUGAAGAGGCACGGCAAGUUCUCAAGUCCUUGCCCUCAGGACUUCGGCUCGCUGGACCGGCUAGCCUCGGGACUCUGCCUCAAGCCCCCGGCUCGUCCGAGUCGGGCCGCCAGCAAGGACAGCAUCCUUUCCUCGGAGUCGUUUGACAUGCUGGACCUGCCGGAGCGAGAGGAGGCUCCGGUGCCCGCAGGCUCGUGGCAGGGCGAGGGCCGUGCCAUCAGGGGCUACAUGUCCGUCGAUGACCUCCUGGGACUCUGUUCCGACGAGCCAGUUGAGGAAAUGGGAGGCCUUUGGGGCAUGCGAUGCUAUCGAGGCAGGGUUAACGAGAGCGCCUAUUCCCUGGCGGGCUGCAAGGACAUCAAGGCUGUGGAGAGAUGCAGGAACGACACAUGAAGCCCUAACAAGGGGAAACGCCAUGUUUGUCUCAUGCAUGCAGGGGCCCGGAGCAAUCACAGGCCCGGCCUGCAAUGCGUGAUUGUGGAGUCGACACAAUAUUGGCUUGUGGCCAUGGGAAAUGCGAGAUGCUCGUUUCAGUUGGCCGUAUAGGAUGGGAAGUAGUGAGAACAGCUGCCGGGAACAUCUUUAGGGACGUUGUUUGCAACCAUGACACACAGCAAUACCAAGCAUGUGGAUGCGUUUAGAACCUUCCCUAUCUGUUUGGGUUAAUGACAGUUGAGUAAAAAAAAGUUUACAGAUUAUUCAUGAAACCCACUACAGGAAAUGGAGUGCGUCUGAAACAUUGCUUAUGCACAAAUUUUAGACAUUUACUGUUCCUCAGACUGGAAAGGUAAUAUAUUUGUCAAAAAAUUUUACUUGUAUUUGUCAUUUUAGUUUAUCCGUUGCCUAUGUUGUACCUGCAUGUUGGGGGGUGGGGCUCAUCUCCCAUCAUUGGCCGUGAUGUGCGAGUCUGGUACUGAGGUCAGGUGGGGGGGGGGGCCCGUCUCUGUGAUAAUUUGCCAUAAACAUCUUACACUCCCAAGGACGCAACUGGAAUAAAUGAGGAGCUUUUAUCAUCCCUUUUUUAAAAUAAUUACUUUUAAUAUAGAAGGUAAAUGGGGCACAAGAGGGCCAAUGGCGGUGAGGGGGUGGGGGUGGGGGGUUCUGCUAGGCAUAUCCCACAGACCAGAAGCAGGCUUUGAGGAACCAAGUUAAUGUUUUUCUUUUGCGGCAUGUUAGCCUGCUGAAGGGUAAAGGUCAUUUGGAGUUUGAUUUGGCUGAAGGAUAUCUGGCAGCUGGAUGUCAUGCCGUGGGUGCAGGCGGAGCAGCAGUGCGCCUGGUCUGCUUUCUCUCCUUAGUUUUGCCAUUUUUCUUCCUGCUUUUUGAUGGAUUGUUUUUAAAUCCGGAUAGUGGGUGCUGAAGCGGUGGGAUUUUAUUGCAAUUUAUGCUGUAAGCUUCCAUUGUGCAAAAAUUUGUGCUGUGUGAGUAGAGUGUUGAUAGCACUAUAUGAAUAACAAACAGCAUUUUCACUCAUGGAAAAAUAUUACUGCAGAAAAUACUUCAAAUAUUUUGUGAGAUGUGGUGAAGACUUAGAGCCUGCCAUAAGGAAGAUGCUCUUAAAAUAAAUUCAAUUACGGGGAAUGAAUUUAAGAAAAGUAAUCGGGUUGGUCUUAAAGUUUAUGGUUUCAUCUGGUUUCAUUUUCCAUCUAGUGUUUCACCUUCGUGUGAUUUUCUGUUUGGGGGGUGGUGGUAUUAACUCUGUUCUAACAACUGAAAUCAUCAAUCAUGUUCUGGACAGUGACCCCCCCCUCAACACACUCACUUGCUCAGGCUUCGGGGCCUUUGAAGCCUUUGUGCCUGUCGACAGCUUUGCUCGCAGUGCCGCCUGGGACUCCCAAGUUCCGGAAUAAACUGUACUGGUCCUUUCUAAGCAGAAAAGGGGUCUGUAGUCUGGGAAACCUCCUUUGUGACACAUACUUUGCAUUUACUUUUUAUUUCAUGCAUUAAAUGCCUUGAAAGUGUAACGUUCUUUGUCUCCGUAUUUAAAUUUUAAUUUAAAAAGUCAAAGCUUGCUGUGUGGUGGGAUCAGAGGAAUGUUACAAGACUGUUUCCUAACAUUUUGCCAAAGUUUUAUAGGGUUUUUUUUUUGGUCCUUUUUGUUCUUAUUCCAAAUGAACCAUUAAUCAAAUGGAAAUAAAAGCAAAACAAAGGGUG